CGCCAUUUAAAAUAAGAUGAGUGCUUAACGUGGGGUGUGUUCGAAAGGAGGCAAGCUGGCAUGUAGGAAUAAGGGUAGUUACCCUGCCAGGCUUCCUGCUGGGCUGUCUUUAUUUCCUAUUUUGCUGGGAAUUUUUAAUACCCAUCUAAAGACCCGUCACGCAAAACUGGAAGGAGCUGCCAGUGUUAUUCAGAGUAGGGGCAGGUCCUGCCUUGGCCAUGAGGAUUAAUGCCUCAAUUCAUUGACAGAAGACUCAGGACCUAAAUGGCGCAGCAUGACUUUGUUCCUGCUUGGCUUAACUUCUCCACACCACAGUCCACCAAGCCCUCAUCUGGUAUUGUUGAGAAACAUGGAGAGCAUCUACCCAGGGGAGAGGGCCGUUUGGGAGUGAGUCGCAGAAGGCAUAACUCUUCAGAUGGCUUCUUCAACAAUGGGACUCUCCGGACUACGGGAGAUUCUUGGCACCAGCCAUCCUUUAUGCGACAUGAUUCAGUGGACUCUGGGGUCUCGAAAGGCUUCAACGUCAGUACACAAUCCAGUUGGCAUGGAGGGCCCCGCGGGCAGGAAGGUUCUGUGCCACGUGGAGGAGGAAACGGCAGCGGUGCAGGGAACCCGGGCCAUCGUCAUCGCAAUGGCACUGCCCUGUCUCGUAAAAACACCUCCUUGCAGGAAAAGCAGACGCCAGAGGCCAGAGAGGAAAAGAACGCGGAAAGAAAAAAACCCCAGUUUGAAGAGGAGGACUUUCCAUCUUUAAAUCCUGAGACCAGCAAGCAUGUUAUCCAGAGUAAACAAACUGGGACAGGCGUUUGGGAAAAUCCUCCCACUGCCAAGCAGCCAACAAAGAUGCUGGUCAUCAAAAAGAUCUCAAAGGAGGACCCGUCUGCCUUCUCUGCAGCAUUUGCAUCUCCAGUACCUCAUCUUUCUAAUGGUGGCACCAAGACCAGCCCAUCUGGGCCUAUUGUGUACAAGAAUCUGGUCCCUAAAUCCGCACUCUCUUCAGCCAAGCCUGGUGCAUGGAAGUCCAAUGGCCGCGAUUCCAAACCUGGCUCACUAUUUUCCAACAGAGAUUCUGCUUUCACUAGCCCAGUGUUGGCCACAAAGCCAUUAGUACAAGCCCCAACACCCCUGUUCUCUGCCCCCAAAGAGGGAACAGCCAGCGUCACACCACCCCUCGAGCUCAGCAUCUCAAGACUUAGCAGAAUGACUCGACGGGUCCCCGAUAAGAAGAGCGAAUUCCUCAGGACUCUAAAAGAUGAACAAGAUGCCGACCAAACGGAGGACAGAGAUAGCGACAAACUGGAAGAAGUAAGAGGCCCUUCUGACCUGAACGGUCUGGAAGGAGAGCAUAGCGAGGAGAGCUUCCAUCACAAUGGCAUCACCGGUUCUCAGGAAGAAAGAAGAGAGAAGCUGUCUUAUUCACUGGAAGCAGAACACAGAUUACUGAAAGAGAUGGGAUGGCAGGAGUCCCCUGAGAAUGACGAGGACUGUCUGCCUUUAACAGAAGCAGAAUUACAGGAGUUUCAAGUCAAAUCUCAGCAGCUCAGGAGAAAUGGCAUGGGGCAAAAUGGCUUCCUGAGACAGCCACGUCGGUGCGCUUUGCUCUUUGCCUGGCGUGGCCCUCUGACCCCGGACCCCAGCGAGUGCUCGGACACGGACACAAGCAGCACAGACACUUCAGAUGAUGAGUCCUGAUCCUCACAUGAAGCAAGCAGCAAGGCACCCCCUUCCUAACCAGAACUCUGUUCGUAGCAUCGCAUUUUGCUUGCAUAAGUUAGUCUUUAUGGGGGGGGCAAGACAUUGUUUUAAGACCUUUGCUGCCAGAUUGCCCAGAUUGCCCUGACUCGCUUCCAGAGAGUAGGUGUUGAAUGUUUCAGAUGUAUUUUUUUUUUAAUCUGUUACCAUGCCUGCGGUCUUUACUUUGUCGUCUCUCUAUGCUUCCUAAACCCAAGACUGGUUUGUGAUGUCGCGUGGAAAGAGAUGGGUUGUGUUUUUUUUUUUUUGUUUGUUUUUGGUUUUCCUCCCCGUUGCUGCAUAUCUCAAACUCCUGGCUUUCCAAUUUUUGCGAUGCGAUGAGAAGCUUGUAACGCCUGUUGACUGAAAUGAGAAAAUCCCUAACACACUAAAGCAAUCGCCGUUCAGAAAAUCUCCAACCCUUCCGCUCUUAAUUGUGAUUGAUUUAUGUUGAUAACACAGGUAUAUCUCGCUAUCAUGCCGGCGGUGCUUUGUCUCAUUACUGAGAAGUUUGAAUUGUUCAUCCAUAUUUCUUUUUCUUUAUUUUUUUAAGGGAAAAAAUUUGCAAUUGUAAAAUAUUGAGGAUUCUUUUGUUUCUUUGUUUUUUUUCUUUGUUUUUUUUUUCACAGCCUUGACAUUCAGGGUGGAUUGUAAAAUAAAACAAGAUUUGGGUAAAAUAAAUUACCAUUCUUGGGGAAGAUUUCAGAAGAUUAUUUUGAUAACAUUAUUUACAGAUUAAAAAAAAAAACUGGUUAUCUGUAUGUGAGGGCGAUGUCACCACAGCAGCUAAUUACUUGGAAUAAAUAUUUUGCAUCAGUUUGCCAAA